UUUACUUUUUUCCUACUCUUUCCUCCUCUCUCAUCCUUAUCUCUUGGUCACGUAUUGCCUCCACCGCUCGCAGCAGACCUGCCCCUGACAUCUGCAUCCGUCCGGGGUGGAGCUUCGGCGCGACCGAAUAACCGUUGCCUAGGCUCCCCUCUUUCCAUCGACGGUGCCUACUGCCUCCUCCCCUUCCCCCGAGCGCGGUUCAAACUUCAAAUUUCAAACUCAACAGGUUCUUCCCCAAACCCUCGCUCACGCUCGCGCUGCUCGCGGGAGAUCACCGUCACCAGCGGUGCCGGGCGGAAGCUGCACACAUGGCUCGGUCGCCUGCGCCGCCGGCGGCGGAGGAGGAGGACCGAGAGGAGGCCGGCGCGGGCUGCCGCGGCAGACCCCGCCACGCCGUGGGGGAGAAGGUGGAGGUCCUCCUCAACGAAGAAGACUUCCGCGGCGCCCGAUUCGAGGCCACCGUCGACGCGCGCCGUCCCGGAUCCGGCGGCUACGAGGUCGUCUUCUCCACCCUCGUCGCCCACCACCGCGGGCCCCUGCUCCGGGAGGUCAUGGCAGCCGCCGACGUGCGGCCCAGGCCGCCGCCGCCGCCCGAGCGCGAGUUCAAGCUGUUCGACCUCGUCGAGGCGUACCACGAUGACGGGUGGUGGCCCGGCGUCGUCUCCGGCCUCCUUCGGAAAUGGAGGGGGGAGGCGCGGUACGCCGUGUCGUUGCCGCUGUUCCGCGAGGUGCUCAAGCUCCGGGCGUCUUACGUCCGUCCGCGGCGGGAGUUCGUGUGCGGAAACUGGGUGGACGCGCAAGAUGAGCUGCGAGGGAUACCACUGUACGCAGAGGGAAGCAGUGUAGAAGUUAUGUGUGAUGAAGAAAAGAAGGGCAGAGCUUGGAUGCCAGCUACUAUCAUCAAGAUAGUUGGUGGUAUCAGCUAUGCUGUUAGCUAUGGGAAUAAGGAAGACUCCAUGGAAGUCCUCAAUUCAUGCUUCAUUCGGCCACAACCCGUGUUUGACAAAACAAAGUUUGAGUAUGAAUUGGUGACCUCAGCAGAGGUGGAAGUAUAUCAGGAUGGUAUCUGGUCAGUAGGUGUCAUUGAAGAUAUCUGCAGCUAUGAACCUAGAAGAUACAAAGUAAGGGUAAAACAUCAUGGCAACAAAGAUGAAGAUGACUACUUUCUUGUGUCAAGUAUGUCCUUGAGACCCUACUCCAAAUGGGACAGUCUGGAAUGGAGGCUUUGCUCAUCCAAGAAACAUGCUAGGAAAAGAAAUGACUCAGUUGCUGACUAUUCAGAGUUCUCAGAAUCUGGCGGGGAUAGUGAUCGGUAUAAUUCUGACUAUUCACCAGAAUUCUCCACGUGUUCUGAAUUUAGUGAUCAGUGUAGUUCUGACUAUUCGCCGGAGUUCUUCACAUCUGACUGGGAUAUUGAUCAGUAUAGUUAUGUCCCUAACAAAAGGGUGCGGAAAGAAAAUGUGGUCAAGGAAGAACUGCCCUUGACACACUCUUUAAAUCUCAGGCAACAUACAUCCAAAUCAUCAUCAAUGGAUACUAUGCAUAUGGAAACAAUUCCUGAAAAGGAGGCUACUCGGGUGAAGCAACUAGAGAGCGAAAGCAUCGGUUUUGGGUUUCGUGUUGCAAAGGGGGAGGAUAAAAAAUUGGCAACAAGUGUAAUGAAGAAGUUAAUGUAUACACAAUGCGAUGAAAAAGGAAGGUGCUUCUUGCCAAAGGUACAUACUAAAAGAAAGGAACUUCAUUCUGCCUCUCCAUUUGAUGAUAUUGUUAAAACUGGAAGCAAGUCCAACUGUGUUGACGUUAUCAUGAUUAGCGAUGACUCUGGCUAUGGAAAUUCUGUUGAAAUCAGCGACACUUCAAGUUCAAAUCCAAAUAGAAAGAAAAGGCGAAUAAAUCUCCCAUAUAAAGAACUCCAUUCCAAUCAUCCGGUACAUCAGUAUCAAGCAUCACAUUCUGCGUCAAACUUAAUGCAAGUGCAGAAUCAUCACCAUGAUUUGUCCCUAGAAGUGACACGAUAUUCUGAGGAACAAGCACGUAGCUGUAUAUUGUCAGACUCUUUGUUCCCACAGGAAUCGUCACAAGAUCCUUCCCACGAAGAUGGUAGGCAACUAAUUCCCUUGUCAGGCUGCCUGGUCCAAGGGCUUCUCAGAAUAAACGAAACAAAAGAACCAGAGCUGGAUGGCUUAGACAAUCUUCAUUUAGAAACUGCGAUGAUGUCAAUUGGUGAUGCUACUUCUGAUGGUGAAUCCCAUGAGACAUGCCAUAAAGUUGCAGCGGUGAAGAGCUGGAUGGCUGGGGCUUCCGAAGAAGCCAAUCAGAAGACUGAUAAUCAAUCAUGUGGUGGAGCCUUCCCAAUUGGGAAACUAGAACCAUGUUCAUCUGUACAACAGGAAGUCAAAGAAGCCCCUAACGACCCCAAAAUGGAGAUAAGAACCGAACAGUCAUUCAUGCCUUCCAAGGAAGUCAAUCUCUUGUGCAUUGAAGCCCCUAAUGAUAAUAAAAUGGAGAUAAACAAUAAAAGAACAGACAUUUAUCCAAAGAAGGAUGCAGCCUUACCAACUGGGGUACUAGAGUCAUCUUUGACUGGACAGCAUGGUGUCAAGGCUGAUCACUUGUGCAUUCAAGCCCCUAAAGAUAACAAAAUGGAGAUAAAAAACGAAAGAACAGGCAUGUCUCUUGAGGCAGCAGAAGGUUUUCACCUGGAAACUUGUACGAACUCCGUGAUGAUUGCGGAUGAAUCACACCCUCAAUGUAAUGCAUUAUCACAGAAUUCUUUCAAUGAACUUCAAGUUUCUAUUUCUGAGAAAUCAGCCGGACCAUCGUCAGUGCAUCCUUGUAUGAUGAUGGAUCUAUCCAAAUUCAUGCCACUGCCAGUGUCUAGCAGCAGAAGUAUUGGUACUGUAUUCUCUACAAGUUCCUUGCUACUGAUGCCGGUUCACAAAUUGGAGAUUUUCGAGAGGCUGCCACAAAUACCGCAUUUCUGUGAGGUGCAGAAAUGUCCUCCAGAAUUUCGCGAAGGAAAAGCUCUAGGACUUAUGAUCGCAUUUGCAAAUAUGGCUGAAAGCAUAAAGAACAUGCGAAUUCAGGACGAAGCACGGCUUUAUCAAGAGAAGAUGAACAGCCUCUUAGCUCUGGAAGAGGAUGGGUUUGAAGUUGGCCCCCUCAAGGUCCGUCUCCAUAACCUGCUUUGUUCGAGGAAUCGCCAGAUUAACCUCAAGAACAGGAAAGCAAAUUUGGAGAAAGAGAUCCUUGAGAUGGAAGCAGUCAAUUGUGGAUUAGAGCAACAAGUCAAAUUCCUUGACAUGUGUAUCUUGGGGAUGGAGGAGCAUAAAUACAAAGAGAUGAAAGCUUCUGUUUCCAUGCAGAAAGAAGCCACAUGCUCAUCCAUUUCAAAGCUCCAACUCGAACUGCACCAAGUUGAGGAAUCACUUGCGUCUGUUGAAGCUGAUUUCUGCAGCAUUGCUGCUGCACCGUGGCAAUCAGAUGUUGGAUCUUGAAUACUGGAACCUUGUUCAGCUAUCAGGGGAGGUAAACCCUGCUCCCCACACUUUAACUGAUUAUGUAUAUACAUGCUUUCUGCAUGAAUCUGAGAGACAUGCUCUGUCUGUCAGUGUGCCCCACCUAAAAUGACCUUCAGUCAUGUGCAUUUGAGUCUAAAAGCUUGUUGCCCUUUUGGGUUGAAAGGAGUAUCUCAAUGGCAAUGUUGCGGUUUGCGAGGUCCA